AAGUUAGUAUCGCAUUAGCGCUCGUGGCGGUAAGACGUUACUUACGACGCUUCUCUAUCGAGUGUACUCGUAGUGUUGUGUUUUUUAUUUAAGUUUUAUUUUUCGAUUCUGUGGAUGUUGUGACAACUAAGAUUCUUUUUUUUUAUCAAAGAACCAGUAAUGUCCAGUAGCCACUAAACAAAAACAAGGAAAAUGGCUAGCGCCGGCGCUGUCCUCCUCGAGGCUCGGCCUUUCAGGCCUUUUAAGUCUUCUGAGGAGUACCUCUAUGCCAUGAAAGAAGAUUUGGCAGAAUGGCUGACGGUCUUAUACCCUGAACUGAGAAUUAACGCUGAUAACUUCCUGGACAGAUUGGACACAGGCGUCGCAUUGUGCAGGCACGCGAACGCAGUCCGGGAAUCAGCUAGACUCAUCCUCGACUCGCCGGUACCAGAAACAGAAGAUGCCGUGAUCCUCGCUAAAGCACUACGUAGCAGGCCACCAGUAAACAUGCUCCCAGCCGCCAAAGCUGGAACCUUCUUCGCCAGAGACAACCUAUCCAACUUUAUCGAUUGGUGCCGCAAAGCAUUGGGUAUCCUCGAGUGUCUCCUAUUUGAAACUGAUGAUUUAUGUCUCCGGAAGAACGAGAAGCACGUUGUCUUAUGUCUUCUAGAAGUGGCCAGAAAGGGAGCAGUUCUUGGCAUGCCAGCUCCGUUACUUGUGCAAAUGGAGAAGCAAAUUGAGAGGGAAUUGGCUGGGGAAGAACUGAGACCAGAUGAUUCCGCACUUGGCUUAGUUCCCUCUGGACCUCAGCCACAAUUGGUUACGAACGAUUUGAGGAGUUUGGACGAGAGGGUCAGAGAUUUGGUAGAGAGGUGCUCUUGUCCCACUCAGUUCCCGAUGGUGAGAGUUUCGGAAGGAAAAUACAGAAUCGGCGAUACUAGGAUGUUGAUCUUCGUCAGAAUUCUCCGUUCCCACGUCAUGGUCCGCGUCGGAGGUGGCUGGGAUACUCUCGCUCACUAUCUGGACAAACAUGAUCCUUGCCGUUGCAAGGCUCAACAUCGCUCCUCUCUCUCUGCUCGACUCGCUCGUCCAAAACACGACCUAUCUGGCGCUACCGUUACCUACGAACGACCAGACCCUGGACCCACCUCCCUCCCAUACAAAGAUUAUAAGGACACCAAUAACUACGAACCAAUGUCCUUGCCAUAUUCAUCUCCUAAGGUCUACAACGAUGCCCCAAAAUCUGGACAAUAUUUAUCCAAUAAUAAGUUGGAUGCUCCAACGAGUUUUCCGUAUUUGGGAGAUAUGGACAGAGCUUUAUCUCCCAGCAGAAAGAACCUCGCUGCCAGGAACAGUAGCCCAGGAAGACACUCUUCAUCACCUGAUCGUAGAACCAAGAUCGUUGCAUCCAACCACUUGGUACCGACUCCUCACGCUAUUAGGAAUAAGAGUCCAAGGCCGGUCUCUCCUGCUCCAGCUACUGAAAGUGCUUCAGAUAAUGGAUCAGAGGUUUCUGAUGAGGGGUACAGGAGUUUGGGAGUGGUAGCUGGGUCCACUCAAGGGUCGCCAUCUACAAAAACGACGAACAGAUAUUCGCUACACAGUCAAAAUUCCAUGGACGACGCUGAUUUUAGUGAGCGUCUCGACCACGACGACGGCUGUCACGUAGACAAAAGCGAUCGCGUUGACGACUAUGUAAGCUUGAAUACGGGCCUACGAAAAACAGACUUCUCAGACACAUUCUACGGCAGCAGGAAGAACAGCUCCGAAGAGAAGUCAAACCGCACGAGCCCUGAGUGUAUCAUUGUACACGAAAAUAACGACUCCCCAAGUAAAAGCCUCCGGCCAACGCGAGAAGCCUCAGAGUCACCUGUCAAAACUAUUAGAAGUAGGCAGGCCAGCAGAAUCCCACACUCGCCCGUCAGGAACCGAACGCCGAGUAGAGGUAACACACCGAGUCCUAAACAUACAGCGAACCCACAAUCUUCACCAAAGUUGGCGCCAAAGUUGCCGCCAACAGCUCGUAAUACUUGGGGAGGAAGAACUGCUCCUAACCAGACGAAAACUAAAUCUAGGCCAACUAUUGGUGCUGAUACGUUUGAAAACCCGAACAAGUCGCCCAAAGCUAAGCCGAAACCCCAAAAUGAGGCUUUUAAAAGAAAUUCACCGCUCAGAGCUAGCAGCGCGACAUUGAGGUCGCCUAGUAACCAAAAAGCUUUGAGCCCACUCUUGGAACAAAUAUUAAGAUCUGCAGAGACAGCGAAAGAUGACGCUACAGUCCUGGAGAAGAUGAAGGAGAUCAUCAGGACAUACUCGAAGGGAGAAGAUUCUCUAUCAAGGACUAGUUCCAAAGAUUCAGACUACGCUGAUUUCACAUCGGCUUGGGUCAUGUCAGAUGGUAAACUCGAAAGAUCUACUAGUACUAGACAGUUAGCCGCACCUAGGAAAGAUCCCAGGAAUGGCGCAUCCAGGAUACCAGCUCCCGUUUCCAUAGGCUGCCGGCGGUCCACAUCCACAUCUCAGUUCCAAUGACCUGAGUAAUAAAAUCAGGAAUGAAAAGACUGAUGAGCCGGACGGUUCGAAUCGAGAGUGAAUUCGCGAGUUAGUGAUUUUGGAUAUUUUUAGGAAAGUGUUUGUAAUCGAACGGCUUAGAGGCAAAAAGCGUUGGCUUAAGUGUCAAGUGACACCUAUAUCUCUACCAUAUCUAUAAAAGUAGACGUUUUUAGUACGUUUAUAUUAUAUUAGAUUUAUAAAAAUCAAAUUUCAUUGUCAUUAUUAACUUUAUAAAUUUAAUUAAUAAUGUAUUAACAUACAAAUUUAAAUUGUAGAAUUGACAUUUGAAGUUUAAAUAUUAAAAUGACAAUGUAUGAAAAGACGAUGGCAGCGCUCCUUUUGUUUGAUACAAAAUAAAAAUAAAAAUUACUUUUAAUAAUAAUUAAUUAUAUUAUUAUUACUAAUCGUAGAAUAAAAAAAAAUUCUGACAAAUUGUCAAUUGGAGAGCUGUCAAAUGAAAAUUAAAAAAUAGAUGGUGCUAAUUAAUAAUUGAAUGUUUAGUUGUACGUUAUAUUAUUUUUAACUUACGAAACACGAUUGAAAAUUAAGUUAAGUUUACCCGAGAUGUUUAAUCUUUAAUAGUAUUACUCGACAAGUUAAUAUUAUAUGUAGUUCUUAAACAUUUCUACGUUAUGACAAGUUAUUUUUUAAGUUUAUUUUUUUAAUACCGGCUAUCAGGUAUAGCAUUUAGAAAAUCAAAUAGUGCCGGGUCUUUUGGCAAUUUUUUUCUUUUCAGUAAUCUCAUUUCUAAAGUAGGAUGUAAAGGAUUUGAGCUUAUAAUUGCACGAUAAAAAAUCACCAAUAAGCAAUCGAUAGAUUAUAAAGUAGAGUAAUUAAAAAAAAUUCGAACAAUAAUCACGUCAUCUCAUACCUCACGUAGUUUAGAUAAAUAUAGGUACAAAAUAUUUUUUUACGAUCUUAAUAAAUAAAUGUCAUACAAUAAA